GGAGAGCGAGAGGAUGGCAAACAUGUAGUGGAACAACUGACCGUGAUCAUUGCAAGCAGCGCAGCAUGAGAGGACGUUGUGAGCGUUUACAGGGUGCGAACAGCUGAUGGGAGAAACCCGAUAAAUCAAUGAACUUUGAUCAACACCAUGACGGCUUGUGGCUGUCAAGUUCCAGACAGUGGGUGCGCGCUGGAUCCAGAAGCAACGACAGGAUGAACUGAGACAUUACGCGCGAGAGGUUGCCACGGGCAAGCGUUAGAUUUGACCUCUGUGGAAAUCAUUUCUGAGACAAACAACUUGGUGAGGAUGUAUCAAUGAAGAAUGUGACCGCGCCUGACUCUCUCCACACGGGGUGGAUGAAGCCCUCGGCGGUGUCAUGCGUCUUGCCCCGCAGCCAAACGCGCAACCCUUGCGGCUCAUAGUUCUGCUUCUCCUCACCGCGGGGGUGAACGCAUCCCCGGUGAUCUCUUCGGGCUGCCCGGACAGGUGCGUGUGUGAUGACCAGCUGGUGGUUCAAUGCGCUGGGCAGCACCUGACCACCUUCCCGGUCAACUUGCCGCUGGCCACGCGGCAGCUCAUCAUCUCCAACAACCGUAUAGUGGAGCUGCCGCCGCUCGCGCUCAACUACCUCUCCGAUCUGGUGUACCUGGACUGCAGCAACAAUUCCCUCACGGAGAUAUCUGAGUCCACGUUUGGGAAUCUACGGAAGCUGGCCUACCUGGACCUCUCCUUCAACACCUUGAUCCGGAUCGAGGACCGGACGUUCGGCCCCUUGGCGAGCCUGGUGAUGCUGAGGAUGACCGACAACCCGGGGCUCUCGGAGAUUCACCAGGACGCCUUUUUGGAGAACGCGGCCCUGCAGGUGCUGGAUGUGAGUCGGAACAACCUGACGGUCCUCAACAUCACCUCCCUGAUCGCGCUGCCUGCGCUGCGCUCGGUGGGGCUCAGCGGGAACCCGUGGAGCUGCGAGUGCGACAACGAGGACCUGUGCCUGUGGGUCCACCUGGAGGGCUUCAAGUUCCAAGAUGAGGGCCAGACGGUGUGUGGCUCACCUGCUGACAUGCAGGGCCGUCGCAUGGGUGAGGUGGGCAUCCAGCUACGGACGUUGUGUCACCAGACUCUGGGCUCCUGGGACUACCUUUUCUUUGUCCUCAUCGGCUUUGUCAUCUUCGCCGCUGGCACCGUGUCGGCCUGGGUGAUGGGCGUCAUUAUGGUGCUCUAUGAGCGCUACAUCAAGAAGAAAGACGAACAGCUGGAUCCGGAUGACGAGGAGGAGUCCGGUGAGACGGGUCACACGUCGCAUGCCAGGAGUGACCAUGGCAACGGGAAUUUGAAAACGUCACAUACUGUUUAAAAUGUUUAAUCCCACUCUGCCCAUCGUGGAUUCCUACAGUGCCUCCUGUCAACUUCCAGGACUGUCUGUGAAGUCUAAUUACACUCCAGUCAAAGUGAGUCUGUUCAACAGGCUCGGCUCUGAAAGAGAAAAGAGAGGAUUCAACAGAAAUGUGGGACGCCAUUCUUCUCAUUUGUAGUGGGCUUUCAGGUGAUGUAACACACACUCUGGCUGCCAUUGUGGAGGUCCCUAAUCAUUGGGUAUUACUGACCAUGUAUGCAAACACACACACACAUAGCUGUUUCCCUUUAUUUCCAGGCUUUAUCUUAAGCUAAGCAGCUGCAGCCUUUUGCUUUAUAUCUGAUAGGGUGAGUGGUAUCAAUCUCCUCAUCUUAAUCUUGGUAAUACAGCUUACAAGAGUAUUCCCAAAAUGUCCAACAAAGGAGCAGCAGUAUUAAUCAAAGUCCAGCUCAGACCAUCAUGAUUUCGAUCCAAUCGUCAGAAAAAAUGUUGGCAUUGUAUGUUUUUGCAAACCACCGUUAUGUUACAUUUGCACAUUAUUUCUAGUGGAUAUGUUAAAAAUGUAUAUUUCCACAACCCUGUGCUUAGGUUUCGGUACAAAAAAACACUAGUUACGUUUUGGAAAAGAUCAUGUUUUAGCUUGGCUUGCAAUGCAUCGUUGUCACAGUAAAAAACAACCGCGCUUUGUGGCACUAUCCCAGCAAAGAAAGCAGCGAUGUCUGUAAAAAAGACAACUGCUUGUGUGUGUCAACAAAAGUCUGCUUUUUGUGACUUUAUCCCAGCAGGAACCACAGCGAUGCGUUGCUAAAAAAUACCCACAUUUGGAGACAAAAAAGCAGCUACAAUGACAAUAAUGACUCAUUAAAACACAACAGUUUUUGUUGUUUGUUGGUCUCGUCAGCUCAUGUACCACGUCACUUUAGACAUGUUGAUAUGCUUCAUUUGAAAUGUACAAAUGUAACAUAUUUAUGGUUUGCAGAAACAUACAAUGCCAAAAUUUUCUUCUGAUGACUGGGCUGCCUAUUUCCAGUCUUGAUGCUAAGAUAAGCUAGCUAAGCUAAGCUAAGCUAACUGGCUGCAGACUGUAGCUUUAUAUUUAACAGACAAAUAUGAGAGUGGUAUCAAUCUUCUCAUCUAACUCCUGGCAAUACCACAUAUGAAGAGUAUUUCCCAAAAUGUCCAACUAUUCCUUUGACAACCAUCUGGGUCCAGCUGUAACCAACAAAGGAGCAGCAGUACUCAUCAAAGUCUAGCUCAGACCGUCAUAAUUUUAACUACUGGGAACAAACAUGUCAUAUUAUACAUUAUGUAUAUACAUGUUAAAUAUAUACACAUGCUACUAUUUACAAUAAGAGUCCCUCUCUCCCUCUCUCGAAUAAUAUUGUUUGUGCUCAGUAUAUUUACCAGUGGACCUCCAUAAUGGCAACAAGCAUAGCAAGAAGAUUGUGACUCAGCUUCACAGCCUCUACGGGAAAUUUAAACUGGUGUGGUCAUUCUACUCAUAGGUAUAAAACGAGAGGAUUAAAUGCACUCAUAGAAUGCAUUUAUGUCAGUGUAGAUGAAUAAAUGUGUGCAUUCAGCUUUUGCAGAUGUGAGCGUGUCCAUCUUUGGUCCAGUGGUGUGUGGUUCUGUGCUGAUAGUUCACCUCCCCUCAUCUAUUAGCCCAGAAACAAACUGCAGUUGAGGCAUUUUGUGUUGAAGAUCUGUUUGUGAAGUUGAAAGUCGGCGUGUGCCAACUGCUGAGGACUGUUUGGCAGCGGGCCCUGCUGGAUGGCAAGUAAACAGGAGAGUGUGAUAAUUGAUUUCUACUUCAUCCUCUCUUUGUUGGGUAACUGGUUUGAGUGCAGUGUCCUAUCUGUUUCUGCAUGCACUGUUGAUGCACCAAAAAGCCUUAUGAGGUGUGUACAAGCUAAUACUAUUCAUUAAAGGAAGGAAACAGGA